UCUAUUUCUAGCAAGACUUCCCAGUUGCUACCGCCUCGAAAUUUUUAUAGGACCGUGCCACCGUUCUGUCGAUGGCUUUGUCUAGUUCCUGAAAUCUGUCUCUUUUCAAAUGCUUUGCAGCUUCUAUUUCACCACGGCCAAAAAAAUUUUAAACUAGUACAGCGCCAUUGCAGAGCAAUCUACACUCGAAAUAGAACAACAUGCAUGCAUUAUUCAAAACACCAAACCAAGAAAUGCAUACAUUACUUUACAAGAUCCCGGAACAGAAUGUUCGCCAAUCUUACUUACAACGUGAUGACUACAAGGACACCUGUUUUGAAUCCGGAUUUCUGCUUCCAUUUGGCCUCAAUACAUCUGGCAUUAGAGCUGAAUCUUGCAUUGGGGAUGAUACUUUUGAUGCAACACCCGAUUCACAAACGCCUCAGUUCUUUCCUUAUUCGAAGAGAGAUCCAGGAGCACCUAAAAAGCAGUUGUCUCAUGCCUGUGUCUCAAAUGACCGUCACUUCGUAUCUUUGCCAAAAAAAUUGCAAUUCAAGCCACCCAGACGCAGCAUCAAACGAGGAAUUACAAGCAUAGACGUUGACUUUGUUUUGUCCAAUGUGACGAUAGGUUCAUUUCACUCUACGUCAUCUGAAGCCAUUGACAAACUGUCUUUGUACUUGGUAAAUACGGACUGUACAGAGGAAGUUGGGAAGGUGGAACUUGUGGGUAGAUUGGCCCCUUCGUCUGUUGAAGAUGUUGCAUUAUUGAAUCAGCACGAAGGUGAUGUUCAAGUGAAGGUGUUUCGCGUUUUUUCUUUGAGUACAUCAUCGUAUUUGCUUUGUCGAAUCGAUUGUCACAUGGGCGUUGGGAGUUUUCCCGAGGAGAUUUUAGAGUCAAGAUGUUCGGCCAAUCCGUACCGAUUGAUUGGUGAGUUGAGAUUUGAGCCGAAAAGCGCUACAAUAUUUAUUGAGCCUGCGUGCAUUCGAGCCGUUGAGUGCGAGUAUGAGAUGAAGUACUUGUCGAGUUUGAUUCAGAAAUCGGCCGCUUAUUUGACAAAUAAUUUAAAUUGAAGACCAGUUUUCAAUGUGUAUACGCGUGUGAUUUGAGCGACUAGUAGCGCGUGUUAUGAACACUUGAUCCAGAGCACGUUUGGUCGUUUUGUAUGAGCUCUCAUGGAUAGAUGCGGUGGAGAGAUGAAGUCAGCGGUCAUCGCAACAGAAGUGAUAAAACAUUUGCUGUCAAGGCGAGAUGUGUCUGAGUCGGGGCGGGGCGAAUUGGAAAUAGGUCUUUUGUGUGGCGAGGUAUGUACUUUUUUUUUUUGACGACGACAAGAUGGGCUAGCACUGAAGUGUGUGUGGAACGACGCGGCAGGUACAGGACGGCGUUUGCUACAUACGAUGUGCGAUGGUCAUGCCUGCCGAGUUCGGGUGGACAAGGUGCAAUGCGGGCUCGUAUGCGAUUUCUAAUGUAUCGGAGGUGCUAGACGAGGAAGGAAUUAGGAAGUAUGUUGGAAAUGUUCAGAAUGCCCUGUGUGGCCUUACGAUAGUGGUCGGGAUAUACAGCAUAUUGUCUGAGUGCAAAGAGAUGGUAGAAUACACGGCGAGGUUGGUGAGCAUGACGUUAUCGUCUUCUAGGAUUAUUGGUUCUGUUUUGUCAUCUAUUGUUAUGAUUUCUGUAUCCGCGAAUUCGAUGAAUGUUUUUUUACACGGCGCAGACUUUGAGAAGAGAUUUCCCUACAGGACUGAGGAGAAGGUUCGGCGAGUAGUGGACGUGUCAACCCAUUGGAAUGUGAGCUGUUUCAUUCCACUGAGUCAAGGAAGAGGAGGUGGCCCCAAGACUAUGAGGGAGAUUUACCAAUUGGUAGAAAAAGCGAUGGUGAGUGAAAUUGAAAGAAUCAAAGCGGCGGUGGUGGUCAACGAAAGCACUGAGGUAGUGGUUGACGAAAGCAGUUCGUUAGGUUUAUCGACUGACUUAAAAGGAAGAAAAGGAAAAGCAUCUAGAGACAAGAAUUUUACUACGGAUGAAGGAGUCGAUGUGGAGAGUGGCAUUUAUAAUAGACCUUAUCAGAAAUAUCGAUUUUUAUCGGUCUAUGAUGGUAGUUGUGCGAACAGGAAUGACUCAUUGGUUCACCAAUCUGCUACAGGGAUACUACGUAUAGAAGGAGCUAUAUCCGGUCAUGCGAGGGUUUCGUUUGACCGUUUGGAUGCAGACGCGGCAGCUGCGCUCAAGUUUGAUUUGGUGAGGACGCUGUUAUCUCGAAUUGAUUACAUGUUCGAAAAUGGUGUUUGUGAUAGGGGAUUAGAGAUGCGAGAGCACCCAAUUGAUGGUUUCGUUUUUGUGGAGUGUUGGUCGUGUCUACCAAGGAGAGUUAUGUUAUUGGUUGAAGAAAUGGAGUUGGCACAAUGUUUAUUUUGUGGCUACGUUAUUGACGAAGAGGAUUUAGGUGAUUGUCUAUCGCGGUUUUGUUCGUUGCUCCGACUUCUACAGAGCAAAGUGAAAGUUGGGCAGGUAGAAGACCAUGUCUCCCAGAAUUGUUGGCCUGAGAUGGACUUGGCAUUUAAGAUACAAGAAAUUUCUCGUAGAGGAAAAUCUGAGACUAACAAGAGACCGCGGCGAACGUUGUUUUGUGCGUUUCUUGCCUUUAUGACGAUGUUCCUCAUUUAUUACGUUUAUACAAAGUUCAGCUAGAAAGGGGUAGAUUUUUUUGUUCUCGACAUUUAUUUUGAAGGGCGAAAACGUAGUCCUCACUCACAGACACGAGCAUGACAAACCUUUGCGAAAGUUUCCGAGAAAGGAAAAAUUUAGGUUUUGUAGGAGGAGUACGUAUAUUUUUAGAAGAUAGCGGAGACUCUUGUCGAUGUCAUUAUCGUAGGUUUUUUGAGCAAACAGAAACUAUUCAGAACUGGAUAGAACGGAGCAGAUGAUGCUUCCCUUUACAUUGAGAGGAUAGUAUGUAUAGUUGAUGCGAUGCUGUUUUUUAUAUGUAUGCAGUAAACUUUUUUUUCGCAACCUGUCUAAUAGGCCGAGUUUGUGAGCACCAUAACACAAGGAAACGUAGAGGCGGAACAAAAAACCCGUUCCAGGUGUCGAAUACUGCAUGGUCUCCUCACUCUCAUCUAUCGAUUUAUGAUAUCUAAAGUUGGUACAAUAUUUUCUAACCACAGCUAAUUAAAAAAUUAUUCGUUAUAACCGCUAUCGUAAAUAGAUCCUAAUCAAAGCUCUCUAUAUAUCAUUUUUUCAUUCCCUCUCUCGGCCUCAAAGCUUCCUUUAACUUAUCUAGCCGCACUCUAAUGGAAAAAACGGAACGCAUUCAAUUGCCGCCAAACACAAAGACACCGUUGGAAAAGUAUCGAAAACUUCAAAAAAUUGGAGAGGGAACUUAUGGGGUCGUCUUCAAAGCAAUAGAAAUAGAAACUGGACGACUGAUAGCACUCAAAAAAAUUCGUCUAGAACAGGAGGACGAGGGCGUUCCUCCAACAACUCUUCGUGAGCUGUCUGCUCUGAAAUCGCUCAGGCAUCCUUGCAUUGUGAACUUGCUCGAUGUUAUCAACUACAAAAACAAGCUGUACUUGGCAUUUGAAUUUAUGAAUGCUGAUCUGAGAACAGCCAUCGUAUCCUCGAAAUAUCCAUUCGAGCCUGAUAUUAUCAAGUGCUAUAUGUUUCAGCUGUUGCUCGGGGUAUCUUAUUGCCACAUGAAUGGUGUCUUUCAUCGUGAUUUGAAGCCACAGAAUUUAUUGGUAGGCUCAGAAGGAAUCAUUAAGCUGGCGGAUUUCGGUCUUGCUCGAGCGUUUUCUAUCCCAAUGCGUCCAUACACACACGAGGUUGUCACUUUGUGGUAUCGCGCACCAGAAAUCCUUCUCGGCGCCGAUGAGUAUACAACAGCGAUAGACGUUUGGAGUGUCGGAUGCAUCUUCGCAGAGCUGUUCAAUAGAAAGCCGCUCUGGCCUGGUGACUCAGAAAUAGACGAGCUCUUUCGUAUAUUUCGUACACUAGGCACGCCUAACGAGGAACUGUGGCCGGAAGUGACAAAACUUCCAGACUAUCAAGCGACCUUUCCUAUUUGGGCGCCGAAAAAAUUAGAAACAAUCAUUGAAACCGAUGAUUUGCAAGCAAUCGACCUUCUUAGCAAAAUGUUGGUAUAUCAUCCUGUGAGACGCAUCACGGCGGAGGCAGCAUUGAGACAUCCUUAUUUUGAAGAAAUUCUGAAUUCAUAGUUGUUUAUAGUUUAUACAUGCCUUUAUUAUAGUUUAUCUUCCUUAUAUAUAUAUACAUUAUUAAUCGCGCCCAAUGCCGAACAAAAUGUACAGGUAUUUUUUGUGAAGACUGAAAACGAUAUAUAACGUAUGUUCUAGGAUGAAACGUAUUGAUAAGGGGCUGUUGCAUGGAUAAAGCCGAUAUGGGAAGAGUUUUAUAAACCGACAUUUUUUUUUUUUUUGGUAAUACAAAAACUUUG